AUGGCUGCUCCUUGGCGGUUUCCGACGCUCGUUCAGCUGGAGCAGCGAGAAGGGACGCUCUUCGAGGUGCUUGGUAACCUCACCAAGCGGCCCUACUGGUUUCAUUCCGAGUACCUGAAGAGCCCGAAGGCAGUUCACCUGGAGGCCUGGCUGGUGGAAGCGAUCUUCGGCCGGGGUGGAGAACACAUCCCGCACGUCGAGUGUGUGUCACAGACCCUGCUUCACGUUCAUCAGUGGGACCCGAACGGCGAGGCUGAAAUCUUGAUAUUUGGCCGGCCUUAUUACCAGCAGGAUGUAUCCAAGAUGAUCAUGAACUUGGCUGACUAUCACCGUCAGCUCCGGGCGCGAAGCUCUGAGAAGGCUCCUGCCCGGGAGGCGGCCACCCAGCACGCAAUCCAGGAGGCGGCGACGCAGUUGUCACCCGAGAAAGUCCAGGAGACCGGGACCCAGCGAUCCCCCAGAGCUGCCCGAGAGGCCGGGACCCAGCGAUCCCCCAGCGCAAUCCAGCAGGCGGCGACGCAGUUGUCACCCGAGAAAGUCCAGGAGACCGGGACCCAGCGAUCCCCCAGAGCUGCCCAAGAGGCCGGGACCCAGCGUUCCCCCAGCGCUGCCCGAGAGGCUGGGACCCAGCGAUCCCCCAGCGCAAUCCAGCAGGCGGCGACCCAGUUGUCACCCGAGAAAGUCCAGGAGACUGGGACCCAGCGGUCCCCCGGCGCAGCCCGCGAGGCGGCCACCCAGCGGUCCCCCGGCGCAGCCCGCGAGGCGGCCACCCAGCGGUCCCCCGGCGCAGCCCGCGAGGCGGCCACCCAGCGGUCCCCCGGCGGAGCCCGCGAGGCGGCCACCCAGCGGUCCCCCGGCGCAGCCCGCGAGGCGGCCACCCAGCGGUCCCCCGGCGCAGCCCGCGAGGCGGCCACCCAGCGGUCCCCCGGCGCAGCCCGCGAGGCGGCCACCCAGCGGUCCCCCGGCGCAGCCCGCGAGGCGGCCACCCAGCGGUCCCCCGGCGCAGCCCGAGAAGCCGGAACCCAGAGCUUCCUCGAAGUUAUGCAGGAUCCAGAUACCAGUUUCUGA